AGCGAUGUACAAGGCACGUUUGCUGGUCCACGCUCGUCGCAAUGGUAGACAACUCGUAAUAGGAUGCGGCCUCUUUUUCCUUCUCCUUCUGCUGCACGCGUGGAUGGUCGCGUUGUACUUGCCGCAUGCCGCAGCCGUCGAAGUGCGUCACGGCGGGCCCGAACACGAUGACGUGCCCCGCGAACCGGACAAGGGCGAGCCGUGGCAUAAGAGGCUACUAGGUAGCCCGUCCACCCGCUCCGCUAUUCCCCCUCCGCCGCCGCUGCACAACUUCGAGCCCACGCUGCCGCCAAGCAGACCAACCGUCAUUUCGACCUCGGCCCCGUCGCUCCCGCCGGCCCCCGCGCGGCCGACGUCGAGGCCGCCCGCGACGAGUCUCACUCCUGCAGUACCUUUGCCGACGUCAACGCUUUCGCCAGCAGACAGCAUCGCUGCCUUCUACGCAAAGCUGAGAACCUUCGACGACAACCUUCUACGGACGGACUUCAAAGGCAAUCCGGAGCAGCCGACAAAGGACUUCAUCGACAUCGACGCAGACGACGGCACCGGGUCGCCGCUGCCAUACGAUCCAAACUUCACCGAAGACGCGGCGAGGUGGAGGGCCUGCGACCCGCGCGAUGCCUCUUUCACUGCGGAGCGCGAUCGCCUCUGUCAGGAGUACCUGUCCAAUGUGAACAACAUGCGCCACAUCCAGGCGAUGUCCUCCAAGCUCUUGCAGGGACGCACCAUCAAGAUGCAAAUCUUCUACGCGCACAACAACAUCAAGACGAUCGUCAAACUGUCGCAGCGGAAGUUCUACUACGAGGCCGCCAGCGAGUUCAUAGCGUACUCCUUUGACCGCGCGUUGGGGUUUAACCGUGUGCCAACAUCCGUGUACGUGCCCAUUCCGCUGGACUACCUGCGUGUCGCGGUGGCGUACUCGCCCCUCUUCUCCCAGUGGUUUGACCGCUACGUAGUCUUGUACAACAACACGAAUCAAAACUUCGUGCCAUGCGCCUACUACACUCGGCAGGUGUCGGAGUGCAGCGUGGCCACCGUGCAGCUGUGGAUGAAGGACGUCCACAGCGCGCUGGAAACGUUCCUGGGACUUCCGUUUGAACUGGACCAGAGUUUCGUUCGCAAGUAUUACGUCCCCGGUCACCAGCUGUUCGCUGGCACCAGACGCGCUCGCCUGCGCGCCAUUGGCGAGUUGUCCGACCGCAGCGUCUUCGACUUCCUUAUCGGCAACACCGAUCGCGGGACGAACGACCACAACAACUUCGUGUACGGCGGCUGCAGCGCGGAGACGGAGUGCCAGGUGGGCACGCCGGAGAAUCGCAUCAAAGGUCUGGCGAAGUACGCCUACCUCGACCACGGUAGCAGCCUGUACUCCCACAAGGAACCGAUUGGAAACAUGUUCUAUGGCGAUGUGGGACGCAUUGCGGUGUGCCGCUUCCGGCGUUCCACGUUCGAGCACCUCGCCAAGUUCGCGGCGACGAGUCGCGUGCCGUACCCUCUCAUUAAGCAGGUGGAAGAGGUGCUGCCGCCGUCCAUUUUCAAGGUGAGUCACGAGUCUGUCAUGCGGAGGGUGCAGGUACGGCUGGACAAGAUUCUGUAUCUCGUGGACACAUGCCGCAAGAAGUACACGGACGCGGAGGUGUUUUCCCUCCCAGAGUACGACGAGAUCCGCAUCGCGGAGGAAGACGCUACAUUGGGCGACGAGUGGGACUAG